AUGGACCAGAGGGUCAUUCGUGGGCUUCCGAGAGAGAUGUCAGUCAAUGACAUCAAAGAGGAUCUGGAGAGCCAAGGCAUCGCAGACGCCGUGGUUCAGCAGCUGACCUCAAGGACCACAAAGAAGCCACUUCCGCUCUUCCUCGUCAAGACGAAGAUGCCGGAAAAGCUUGCAGAGAUCCAGAGGCUGGCCAUGCUCACGGUCAGCUUCGAGAGGAAGAAAAAGUCUUCCGAGCCCAGCCAGUGCUACCGCUGCCAGCGGUACGGGCACACACAGCGGAACUGCCGUCUCGCUGAACGAAUGAACGAGAUGAGACCGCACCGACCUGGUUCCCCACUAUCGUUUUUAGCCGCCGGCGGGUUCGACGGCGUAGUGCGUUCAAGUUUUCGGGUGCCCAUGCGUUCUAAUUUGGCCCCUUUGGUAGUCGAGGUUCGCCCGUCGGUUUCCCUUCAGACCUUCCUCUUGCUUUCGAAAAGAAAACUGAACCGUUUUGAAGGCUUGUGCGGUUCAAGUGAUAAAGUGUUAAUUGGUUGGAAAAUUUUCACUAAAGUGUAUUAG